GCGUGAGCACGGAUGUACGGUCUGUUUCGUCGUCGCUCGAGUUUGAACGUUUUUGCACAAUUCCUGCAUCACGGUGCAGCCGCCAAGGGACACAUUUGAAGUAGAAGAUGUUUUAACAUAUCUUUUCAAUUGCUACAAAAAGUGUUUGAAUGUGUGGCGAUAAUAGUAAAACGGAAAAACUUACCUUAAACGUGACCCAAAAAGUGUGUGUUAUUUGUUACUGAAUGGUGAAGCAACUGUUGCAAGCGGAAACGCUCGCCUCUCGCCAUUCACCAUCGAUCGGGGUUGUGGUGUUAUCGAAAUAAAAAGCCUUAGUGGUGUGGGGUUGACCGGGCAGCGACUGAAAGUUGUUGUGCCAAGGUGGAAAAUCAUCUUGACAGAAUUUCCCCACUGAGUGAUUAACUUGAUCAAAUGGUAUUAGCACCACGGUCCGUGUCCAUUUCCUGCGCGAAGUGUGCGAGUUCAUGUGGAAAGGUGGUGUGUGUUUAUUUGUGGUCAUUGCCUUUGACGAUUGAUCGCGAUCAGUAGACCGAUCGAGGUAUAGAAGGCGAGAUCAAACCAUUGAAUUGAAUUAAGAAAAUAGAAAAAAGCCAAACAACUAAGUGCAACAUGGUGCGCAGUUUGUCACAGUGGACGAAAACGUUGAGUUUUCCGGCCCGCAUAUCGCCCAACCGGAACUCGAAGGAUUGCAACGUGAACGUGCUGCCGAUAACGCCCCCGCCGGCACCACCGCGUAACAAGUCCACCUCCACCUCUUCGGCCAGCACGAUGUCAUCGUCCUCGUCGCCUUCGUCCUCGUCCUCCUCGCCGACCCCGCCGCCCAAUGUGCCGAUUACGGAAAUUAGUCAAAUUAUCUAUCCCGAUCCCGAGUCCGAGAAGGCCAUCAUGGGCUCAUUGGUAUUCUGCAUUCAUCACAAGCAAGGCUGCAAAUGGUCUGACGAGUUGAGGAAAUUGAAGGCACAUCUGAAUACCUGCAAGCACGAUGCCAUCCAGUGCCCGAACAAGUGCGGCUCCCAGAUACCACGCGUAAUGAUGACGGACCAUCUGGCGUUCACCUGCAUCCUGCGCCGUGCCAUCUGCGAGUUCUGCAACGUGGAGUUCACCGGCAUUGGGCUGGAGGAGCACGCCGGCACCUGCAGCUCGGAACCGAUCUACUGCGAGUCCAAGUGUGGCACGCGCGUACUCCGCGGCCGCAUGUCCAUCCAUCGUGCCAAAGACUGUGCGAAACGUUUGCGCCGCUGUCCGCACUGUGGCCGCGAGUUCUGUGCCGACACGCUGGCCGCCCAUGGCGCUACCUGUCCGCGCAGCCCCAUCCCCUGUCCGCAGCGGUGCGACGCGGGGCCGUUCGCGCGCGCCGAUCUCGAUGCGCAUCUGCGCGACGAGUGCAAAGCGCUGACGGUGCCGUGCACGUUCAAGGAGGCCGGAUGCCGCUUCAAGGGUCCGCGCCACCUGCUGGAGGCGCAUCUGGAGGCGAACACGUCCGCGCAUCUGUCGCUGAUGGUGGCAUUGUCGGGCCGGCAGGGACAGCAGAUCAACAUGCUGAAGAGCGCCAUGGCGAAGCUGAGCACCAACUACACCGGCACGCUGCUGUGGAAGAUCACCGACUGGUCGGUGAAAAUGCAGGAAGCGAAGACGAAGGACGGGCUGGAGCUGGUGUCGCCACCGUUCUACACCAGCCAGUACGGCUACAAGCUGCAGGCGUCGAUGUUCCUCAACGGCAACGGGCCGGGCGAGGGAACGCACGUGUCCGUGUACAUCAAGGUGCUGCCGGGCGAGUACGAUGCCCUGCUAAAGUGGCCAUUCUCCCACUCCGUCACCUUCACGCUGUUCGAGCAGGGAACGCUCGGAAGCGGCGGCGGCGGCCAGGGAGGCGUCGCGGAAUCGUUUGUGCCAGAUCCGACGUGGGAGAACUUCCAGCGUCCAUCGACCGAGCCGGAUGCGCUCGGGUUCGGCUUUCCACGAUUUGUUUCCCACGAGCUGCUCAACAGGCGCCCGUUCGUGCGGGAUGACACCGUGUUUCUGCGCGUAAAGGUCGACCCAAGCAAGAUAGUGGCAGUGUAAGAGGGAGCAAAGGCAAAAGAGCAAAAGUCCAAUGAUGUGUACAUAGUAUAGAUAAACUUAUAUGCGCGCACACUCACCCCCACCUCCUUCCAAGAACCUGCUUGGUCCACCUCAUCCCCAACCACAUUGUACAUAGUUGUCCCGUUGACCCCGUCAGACAGCGUAACAAUCAUCCUCAUCCUCCCGCCUUAGUCAUUCGUGUGGGCCAAAUCGGGUAGUUCUCUCCCGGCGAGAGAAGCUGCUACGCGAUGGCGCACGCACUGGGGAUUGGCCGCAGGGCGCUGGUUCGCGCUCCGUUUCCGUCGGCCGGAAUGGAGCGGGAUACUGCGCCCCUGGACCCAGGGGACAGUCUCCAGGACCGUUUGCUUGUAAGAGAACACGGUGUACCAAUCACACUAAAAACGAAAAUCAGCUUCGAAAUCUCAUAGUUGCUUGUAAGGACACGAACAACGCGUCUACACGGCGUGGAACACUUUAGAAUAAGUCUAGUUGCGUAAGCAAAGCGUAGGCGAGCGAGUGCAAACAGAGGGGAAAAAACCACAAGAAAACAAAUUGUUUCGAUUACUUUGUGUACAGCAAAAAACGGCAAAAGUUUGGGGCAAAGUUUUAAUCGCAAUCAAAAAGCUUUCAAUAAUGACUACAAAAGCAACGUUAUGCGCAACGUUGUGUCUUUGUGCAAGAUACAAUAUAGUACACCUUUUGGCUAGCAGAAACCUGAACUGUUUGCUUGUAUGAUAGUAACUUACUAGUAGAGUAGAAGCAAAUUAUGCCUAUUAAAUCGCUCUCUGUCGUCUUCUGAUUGACGGCGAUCGUCAAUACUGAAAGACGCGCUUGACACAGAAGCAUCAGCUCAGCGUGUAACUCUUACUAAUCGUAACACUUUUCUUUUGAUUCGAGUCAUUAGCUUUAAGGUGUCAAUAGCGGUGAAGCAUUUAGGUACUUUUCUGUUGAAGAAAACACGAUCGGGAAUGCUGUAAACCGUUCAACAGUAGUUAGUUGGUAAGAAGUAAGCUCUUUUGUUUCGUUUCAUUUUUCAGUUCGUUAUAAUUUCACUCAUUUCAAAUGGAGAUUGCAGCCUUGGCUAAGGGAAGACGCUGGCCUCACAGUGCUACGCUCUUCCCCACGCAGCAAGGCAAGCAAAUCCAGCCCAUUUAGCUAGAAAACCAUUUCUGUCGCACAGUAAGACUAAUCCAAGGCGUGCUAUGUCGUGCGUCGGUAGGGUUAAGUUGAUGUUAAACUAAAUACCGGUAGACCAUAAGAACGUGUAAAAGCAUUAUCAAUUCGGGUAGUAUAUUCGUUACGUUAGUCAUUACAAAGAUCAAACCAUACAAAGCUCGAAAUACAACUGAGUGUGUACAAUUGACUGAUUUAAGUAAAAAAUUAAAAA